AUGGCCUCCAGUGCAAUGAUUACACCGCCCCCCAGCCGGUCCGGCACGCUCACGCCGCCGGAUGCUUGCUGCCUCGACCAGGCGCAGGCUGCCGACAAGCUCCAGGAGUAUGCGCACGGCCGGUGGAUCAAACUGCCGGAGGCGCUAUUCUCGUCCAUCAUGUCGGUGGAACCGGAAAUCAACCCCAUGCACAGAACCUCAAAGGCACAGUCUGACGCGUGGCUGCGGAAUGCCCUGAAAAUGGACGACAAGACAGCCAACAUUUGGGACCGGCUGGACAUUGCCUACAUGAGCGCUAUCCUGGCACCGCACGCCGAUGCCGAGACGCUGAAGCUGAUGAACGACUGGAACGGCUGGGUGUUUGCCUUUGAUGACCCUUUCGACGAAGGCGACUUUGCCAGUGACCCUGUCAGGGCAGCCGAGGAAGUCAUCUACACACUCUCCAUGCUGGAUGACGUUCAUCCGGUAGUCUCUGCAGAGGAGAAUCCGCUGCGGCAUACGCUGCAAUCCUGCUGGAUGCGUUUCAAGGAGCGAGCCAGCCCCAACCUGCAGUACCGCUGGAAGCGGCACUUGACGCUGUACUGCGUCGGCGUGUUGCAGCAGGUUGGUAUUCAGAACAAGGCCUCUGCCAGCCGGCCAACAGUCGCCGAAUACAUGGAUAUGCGUGCGGGCUGCGUGGGAGCAUAUCCUUGCAUUGGCCUCAUGGAGUACGCUGAGGGCAUCGAUAUACCACAGCACGUUAUGGAUCACCCGUCGAUGCAGGCCAUUUCACGGAUUACAUGCGACCUGGUCACGUUGCAAAAUGACCUGUGCUCGUACAAGAAAGACCUGAUCAAGGGUGAGGACAGCAAUAUUAUGUUUAUUCUCAAGGACCAGGGAAUGAGCGACCAGGAGGCCGCUGACCAAAUCGGCGAGAUGCUGUACGGCUGCUACCGUAGAUGGUUCGAUGCGUUGAGCCAUAUGCCGUUCUGGGGCGAGAAGAUCGAUCGCGACGUUGUGAAAUUCGUCGAAGGUUGUCGCAAUAUCGCCCUUGGAAACCUGCACUGGAGCCUAUACACGCCCAGAUACUUGGGCAAGGACGGCCCAGAGGUGAAGCGAACGAGAAUGAUGCAGCUGCCGUGA